ACAUUUCCACCAACAUCUCUGCUAGUUACCUGAAGAACCCUGAGUUGAAGUUUUAUGCUGCUUUAGAAUAUUUCUGAAUCAAUGAAGUGUAUUCAGACUCUGAAGGUAAUCAACAUGUGAUAAUAGGUGCUGGUCUGCAAAGACAGAGUGAUAAGAAUAUCAAACAAAGGAGCACCCACAAGAUGGAGACAGUGAAGUAUUUGGCUUGAAAUACAAGACACUGAAGUCCUAUAUCCUAUAGCGCAUUGCUUUAUUUAUCCUGGCGCUGGAGAAUAAGUUGCAUUCUUCCCAUACGACUGCAAGAAAAAGUGGCUGUUCUUUCCAAGACCAAGCCUUUCUCUUUUUGAAUUAGUGGUUCUACAUUGAUUACAAUGCCCCUUCAAUCAGACAUCCUCCGUGAAGUAUGGGCAUCUGAAGGUGCAAAUGAGGAAUCUGCACCUCAGAAACUUAAUAAACAGUUCUUUUAAGGAUCAUUUCUAUCUUAUUCAAAUAUGCAAACUCCUUGGCAUGCUCUUGCCCAUCUACUGGAGCAGAAGCUGAGAAAGAAAUUGAAAAACACUACAUUGGAGGCAAAGCCUAAAAAAUCCAGAGUGAAAAAGCAGGAAAAAUUAAGCUCUGCAGAAGAAACCAAUAACGCUUCAGCUAAUACUGUUGUCAGAAACAUAAAAAAAACUAAAAAGGAGAAGCCACAAGAACAGGAUGAGAAAAUCACGUAUGCCAGAUUAAUUAAGGAGCCCAGAAAAGAGAAGGAAACCUCUUCUUCUCAUUCCAGCGUGAGCAAGACACCAAAAAAGAAACAUGAGGAUUCUGACGAUGAAGAUGAAGAGGAGGAGGAGGAAGAGUGGCAGGAAGAGGGGAAGUCUGAAAGUGAAGAGGCACCAAAAAUGCCCAGAAGAAAGCUUCUCAAGGGUACUUCAUUGGACAAAACUAAGGGGAGGAGGACCAAAAGUAAAGGAAACAAGGCUGAAGCUGGUGUCAAGGCAGGAACUACCAAGACACUGAAAAAAGACUCAACCUCUGUUUUCCAUGUGAAUGAGGAUAACAAAGGCAAACGUGUCAAAAGCAAAGAGCCCAAAAAUAGUGACACAGAAGAUGAUUCCAGAUCCAAUGCCAAGUCAACCAAAUCAGAGAAAAAGAAGAGUGCGGCGUCAAUGUUUCAGACUGGAGGAGGAGGAGGCCUCAAGGAGAAGAAAACUAAAAAGAAGGUUCCCCCCAAAGCCAUGGAAAAUGAAAGCGAGGAAGAGGUAGUCCACAAGAAUGCCAACCGAAAAGGGAAAACCAAGAAAUCCAAAAAGAAAGAAGAAAGACCACCAUCUCCAGUCAUUGAAGAGGACAAUCUGGAGGAAUUUGUGCUGCAGCCAGCUCCUCAUGGAAUGACCAUCAAGUGUCGUCUCACUCGAGACAAAAGAGGAAUGGAUCGUGGUCUCUACCCUACCUAUUAUCUUCAUCUUGAUAAUGACAAAAAGAUCUUCUUGCUGGCUGGUCGAAAACGAAAAAAGAGCAAGACAUCUAAUUAUCUGAUUUCCACUGAUCCAACUGACUUGAGCCGAGAUGGGGAAAACUUCAUUGGAAAGCUAAGAUCCAAUUUAAUGGGUACUCGAUUCUCGGUGUUUGACAAUGGUGUAAAUCCAGACAGAGCAAAUGCUGACUGGUCCAAUGUACGCCAGGAGCUUGCAGCUGUUAUUUAUGAGACAAAUGUAUUAGGUUUCAAAGGACCUCGAAAAAUGACAGUGGUCAUUCCUGGAAUGAAUUCUGAUAAUGAAAGAGUGCCAAUCCGUCCCCGAAAUGAUAAUGAUGGGUUACUCACAAGGUGGCAGAAUAAGAUAAUGGACAGCUUAAUUGAGCUGCAUAACAAAACCCCAGUAUGGAAUGAUGAAACUCAGUCUUAUGUGCUGAACUUCCAUGGAAGAGUUACACAUGCCUCAGUAAAGAACUUCCAGAUUGUGCACAGUGAUGACCCUGAAUACAUUGUCUUACAAUUUGGCAGAGUGGCCGAUGAUGUUUUUACCAUGGACUACAAUUACCCACUUUGUGCUGUGCAGGCUUUUGCCAUUGCCCUCUCAAGCUUUGAUGGGAAACUAGCCUGUGAAUAGCAUACCUACAAUGCCAUCAUGCCAAGCGUCAAUGACGUUUCCUCAGCCAGGGAAGAGACAUGCUCACGUCUUCAAAUUAGUACUGCUUUUCCAGAACAUUCUUGAGCAUUACCUUAUCAUUCUGAAGAAGGUGAUUUGAAAAGGUUGCAAAUUAUCACCUUAACUUAUUAGCAACAAAUAUGUCUGGCCCAAACUUGCUUGGCAGGAUUCAGUUCCACCCUCUUUCUCAGCCUGCCCAGCAAUUAAGGUUAAUCUUUAUGACCAGGUUGCCCUACUAACUAUUUCUCUAAUGGCAACUUCUAUCCACCCCAGCCCAUCAGGAAGAUAGACUGUACCCAUCUUUCCUGUCAUGAGCCAGGAAAAUGAUGUUUUCCUAAUGCCCUGUUUCAUUUCUGUAGACUAGAGAGAAACAUCUCCACUCCAAUUAGCUAUUAUGAACAAUGGUGGGAAAACCUCUCCCUUUCAAUCACUCCCUUCCCUUCGAGUUGGCAUUUUGUUCUGGGAUCAAAUCUUGGUUGAUCUGAAAAAAGCAGACCCUGCACUUGUGAGAAAAUACUAGGAAGAAAAGGAAAAGCCAGAAUGCCUGAACUAAGUUGAUGGACCUGUUUCCUUCUUUGUUUCACAAGUGGACCAGUGACAUGGUGAACUUUUUCAGGUUUGCUUUAGCUUUUUUGUGCCCACCUCUUUACCUAGUUUCCACUUUGUUCACCUGCCUGCUUGUGCUGUAAUUAUAUCUCAACAAUUUGGUGAAAAAAACCAAGACCAGGAGGAAAUGAAUUGCUAGAAUAAUAAAAAAAAAACGGUUAGUUGAUUCUUUCACUGAUCAAAAGUGAAAGGUUCAACUUUUUUGUAAGUUCACUGAUUGAGCCAUGAAAAACCUUCCUUCCUUCCUUCCUUCCUUCCUUCCUUCCUUCCUUCCUUCCUUCCUUCCUUCCUUCAUACAAACAUCAUACAAACAUUCCUUCAUAUAAACAUCCUAACAAAGGAAACAACUGUUUUUAAAGACUCAUCCACAGAAGAGAAGGAUAUUGGUAUUUGUUUCCUGGUAUGAAAAAGAAGCAUACGGGGGAGGGGUGUUCCACCAAGCAGGAGUUAUGGUAAGCCAUGGCCAAAGCAGAGAAGAAAGUUGGAGUUCAGAAACUGAUUUUUUAUCCAGCUUCAUUUCCAGCCUAUUUUUAUAUGGGAGCUUAAGCCUGCAGCCUAGAAAUACUGUAACUAAAAAUAUUAGAAAUAUUUUUAUUUUUAUUUAGAGUUCCUUGAGAAAUCAUCCAUCUCUUGAUUCUAAAGGAGACACAGAUACCUCCUAGAAGCUCAGAGGGUAUUUUGAUUAGAAACUACUCUAUUAGUCAUUACAGGACUAUCAUGAGAGUGUAUGAUUUGGCUAAGAGAAUUUAGACAAAAUAGGUAAUUAUUUCUCAAAUAUCUUCAAUAUUCUGUGAAUAGUAUUUCUUUAACUGGAUAUUCCUGAAUUUAUUUGAAUGGUAAUUUUAACUCCGUACAUUAGUAUCAUUUCCCCAUAGUAUCAUUGUCAGGGUGUUAACAUCCACUUUUUAAAAAAACCAGUCUGAUAUCUUUAUUAUCAAUGUUAUACUGUAAUUUUCACUGAGUUAGGGCCAAGCUACUCCUAGUUAAAGAUAAUGCUGAGAAGGAAGGAAGGAAGGAAGGAAGGAAGGAAGGAAGGAAGGAAGGAAGGAAGGAAGGAAGGAAGGAAGGAAGGAAGGAAGGAAGGAAGGAGUGUAUUAUACAAAAUAAAUUAGCAGAUCUCAAUCCAAUUUAUCAAGAGGUAAAAGCACAGGGAUGAAUUGUAGUAAAUGCUAUUAACCUUAUUUAAGUUUUGUUGCAAAUAUAUUUUUAGUUAUUAUUCCACCUUGCUUUCCAAGAAUGUCAAGAGCAGUGGUUCUCAGCCUUUUUAAUGCCACAACCCCCAACUGGUCGUUAAGUCGAGGACUACCCAACCGGUUGUAAGUUGAGGACUACCCAACCGGUCAUAAGUUGAGGACUACCUAA